AUGGACUUAAAGUCGACAAAAGCGUCUCCUGUUCUCACCGAUCCUUCGCCUAUAAACAACUCUAGACUGGGACACCAUUCCGGUCUCUUUCCAUAUUCACAAUCAGGGCCAUCUUUCUCAACGAGCAUGCUAUCAAUUCCAAGAAGGAAGCCAGGGAAACUGGACGAUGUUUGGUCCAACGGGUGGCUUGAUGCAAUGAAAUCUUCCUCACCUCCCCGCAAAAAGGUUCUGAAGGGUUUCACCAAUGUUGAGCUAUCUUCAGAUGAUGGAGAAAUCGCUUAUUGUUCUUGGAUGAUCAAAUAUCUGUCAGCCCUCAAUUCCUUCCAACAAAUAAUGGACAGUGCAAAGAAUAGGAACAUAGUAAUGUUCUUAGAUUACGAUGGAACUCUUUCACCUAUAGUAGAUGACCCUGAUCGAGCUUUUAUGUCUGCUGAUAUGCGCUCUGCUGUUAAAAAUGUUGCAAAAUACUUCCCAACAGCCAUCAUCAGUGGAAGAAAUCGUGAUAAGGUUUUUGAGUUGGUAGGACUAACAGAACUCUAUUAUGCUGGUAGUCAUGGUAUGGACAUCAUGUUCCCAGCCAGAGAAACAGCAUCCCUAGACCAUUUAAAUUGUGUCAAAUCUACUGACCUGCAGGGCAAGGAGGUAAAUCUUUUCCAGCCUGCUAGCGAAUUUUUACCAAUGAUCAACGAGAUAUUUAGAUCCCUCGUUGAGAUUACUAAAGGUAUAGAAGGUGUAAAAGUUGAGAACCAUAAAUUUUGUGUCUCCGUACAUUAUCGAAAUGUUGAUGAGAUUGUUUGGCCCGUAGUUGCACAAUAUGUUCAUGAUACCUUGAAAUAUUACCCUCGACUACGGCUGACUCAUGGACGGAAGGUUUUAGAGGUUCGUCCCAUGAUCGACUGGGAUAAAGGAAAAGCAGUCGAAUUUUUGCUUCAAUCCCUUGGAUAUAGUAACAAUAAUGAUGUGCUUCCUAUUUAUAUUGGAGAUGACAGAACCGACGAAGAUGCGUUCAAGGUAUUGAGGAAGGGGAAUCGAGGUUAUGGAAUUCUUGUAUCCAGUGUCCCUAAAGAAAGUAAUGCUUUCUUCUCUCUCAGGGAUACUUCAGAGGUGAAAGAAUUCCUUGAAUCCCUUGUGAGAAUGAAGCAACAGGAUGCAAAGAUACUUGGAGAGGAGCAGAGGGCCAUCUUCAUAUAA